AUGCGAGGCUAUGGAUCUGUAGAUUUCCGUGAAAUUGUUUAUCGACACCAAAUUGAAGCUAUGACACAGACUAGCGUUAUUGAACAACUAAAUAAUGAAAUGGAACAGCUAGACAACUUUUUUAAUAAUUCUGAAAAUUAUUCCAAUAAUACGUUAAAAGAAAAAGGAAUAUUAAUCUCCGGAAAGCUCAAAUUACUACGUCAAGUUAAGGCUGCUAUAGCUGGUGACACAGCAGCUUAUCAUUUAAAAAUGAUUACUGACUGGCGUUUAACAUCUAUCAAAAAGCUCCAGAUAGUUCCAGUUCCAGAUACAAAAAUUCCGUACACCGUUUUUUUCCCAUGUUAUUUUUUCAAUAUUAUCAUCUAA